ACCGUGUAAAUUUUUGAACGUGUUUUUUUUGGCGUCUUAAGAGUUAAAGAGUUGGUCUUAAUAAAAUUGUCAAUUUUGAACAAUGUCUGUCGAAAAAUCAAAAAACUUCGUUCAUCAAGGCCUUGAAACACACCAUGAAGAUAUGGUGCAUGAUGCUCAACUCGAUUACUAUGGACUAAAGUUAGCUACCUGUUCUUCAGAUCGCACCAUCAAGAUAUUUGACCUUGAUGGUGAAGAGCGACGAGAAGUGGAAACACUGAAAGGACAUGAAGGUCCUGUAUGGCGAGUAGAUUGGGCUCAUCCAAAAUUUGGCGUCAUAUUAGCAUCAUGUUCUUAUGAUGGCAAAGUUUUUAUCUGGAAAGAUCAUGGUGCUGGCUCAUGGAAAAAAAUUAAAGAACACACUUUACACACAGCAUCUGUAAAUUCUGUGGCGUGGGGACCUCAUGAACUUGGUCCAAUUUUAGCUUGUGCUUCUUCGGACGGAAAAGUUUCUGUCCUUACUUUUAAAGAUGAUGGUUCAUGGGACGCAGUUGUUCUUGAAGCACAUAGUAUUGGCGCAAAUAGUGUGUCUUGGGCGCCAGCUACAAUACCAGGUGCUCUUGUUCAGGUUACUGGAGGUGCACCAAAUGUUAAUGUUUCCAAAAGAUUCGCUUCAUGUGGAUGCGAUAAUUUAGUAAAAAUUUGGGCUUAUAGUGAAGAUACCAAAGAAUGGAAAGAAGAGGGGACACUUGAAGGUCAUACAGACUGGGUUCGUGAUGUUGCAUGGGCUCCAAAUUUUGGGCUUCCACAAAACUACUUGGCCAGUUGUUCUCAGGACAAAACCGUCAUAAUCUGGAAAAAGAAUAAUCCUAAUUCUCCUUGGGUAAAAAAAUUUCUUAAACCUGAAAAAUUUCUUGACGUGGUUUGGUCUGUAAGUUGGUCCUUGUCAGGUACAAUCUUGGCUGUGGCGUCCGGUGAUAAUAAAGUAACAUUGUGGCAAGAAAAUUUGAAAAGUGAAUGGGAAAAAGUACAAGAAUUAGAUGAUUAAAUAUAAUAAUUAUAAUUAUUUAAUUAUAUAAUAUGAGAAAGAGAAAAAUUUUUAAUUAAUAGUAAGAACAUUUAAAUUUAUUAAAAAAAGCACCUAUUAUUUUAUAUUAUAUUAAAAAAAAAAAUAAACUUGUAUCUUAG